AUGGGCCUGACACCGGUCCAUUUCUUUUCGCAUGGUUCCACACGAAUGCUGUCAGCAGAUACGACAUCGGGGAAGUACUGGACCAAGUGUGGUCAAGAGGCUCUCGAGAACAAAGUGAAGGGGAUUAUCAUCAUAGGUGCUCAUUGGGAAUGCUUAGGAGAUGGCAUUCAGGUCGCGAUUAAUCCAAAUCCUCAUAAAACUCCUUGCCCAUUUUCCAACCAGGCGGAUUGGGUCGAUUGGAAGCCCAACCCCGACAUCGACGGCGCGAAUCGCUGCAUUAAACUGCUCGCAGCAGCAGGAUACAGCGUCUCAGGAAAUUCAACUACGCCGUGGCAUCAUGACGUGUUCAUGAUCUUGAUCCGCAUGUUCCCAGACAACGCAACGUGCCCGCCCACUGUAAUUCUGUCGUCCAAUGCACGAUAUGACCCACACUAUCAUAUGAAAAUGGGGACCACGUUGCGCAAACUUCGUCACGAAGGCUACCUCUUCAUCGGCACGGGCGGCGCUGUUCAUAAUCUCUAUCGCAACACAUGGUCUAAUAUGCUUCGUUACAGAGAGUCGCUAGGUCAAGAGAAACCUCCAGAGGAGUGGGCCCUUGAGUUCCGUCAAGCUACUGAGGAUGCUAUCACGAAGAACUCUGGCCCUGCUCUCCGAGCUGCACUUGUUCGACUGAUGAAACACCCAGCCUACCGUGAUGCCCAUGCAACUGACGAGCACUUCAUCCCUGCUCUUUUCUGUGCCGGUGCUGCAGGAGACUGGGAGGAUGUUGGUGGCAAGAACGUACUUGGUGCUGAGAGCUGGGAACUAACGAACAUGUGUAAUUCGCAGUAUACUUUAGGCGCAUAUGUUUAUACGAGACAGCAGGGGGAGGUUUCGGUAUCGACAGGUGUUUGA